AGUCGCUGAACGCCGGGUAAUACUGAAAAGUGGUCACGUGGGCAGAAACUUCUACCUCAUCUACUGCGGAUCAGUGUUCGUCAACCAGGAGGACACUACCAGGGAUGGGCGCAAGUUCAUGAGGACAAUAGCCGUGCUGACCAGAGGCCAGUCAUUCGGGGAGCUGGCACUACUGCAGGACAUCCGUCGAACAGCUACAGUGUCUGUCCGAGAGAGAGUGGAACUGCUGACUGUGGAUAAGGCCGUUUUUGCCAGCGUCUGCCCCAGGAUUUUUGAGCGGGAACUUUCCGAGAAGUAUUGUUUUCUAGGCUCGCUGGAUCUUUUCUCGGCAAAGUAUUGGAGCUCAGAAUCCAUACGAGCGAUAUCGAUGCACGCACAGAUACAGGAAGGCAGAUGUCACGUCCUCCUGUGUUUGCGCCUGGACCAACCGCUCAACGAGAGGCCAGUAACCAGGAGAUCUUCGGAUGUUAUCCUGUCUGAGGAAAUACUCCAAUUGCUGGCGUCUACAGGCCGACAAGACCAUGAACAAUUACAGCACGAUAGCGACGUGAGAAAAGAGUUAUUGUUCUCCUUGGGACUAGAUUACGUGCACACAGGACAGCAUCACAGACCACACCUCGCCGGUGGACCACAGCUGGGGGGUGGACCACAGCUGGCGGGUGGACCACAGCUAGUGGGUGGACCACAGCUAGCGGGUGGACCACAGCUAGCCGGUGGACCACAGCUGGCGGGUGGACCACAGCUGGCCGGGGAGCAGACGAAGGCAAGACCCAGCUCCCAGGAGACGCUGACGUUGUCCAGUUUUGUCAGACGAUAUUUGCAGGACACGGACAGGAAUGUGGUGCUUCUCACUCUAGGCGUCCUUGAGCCCGGCGACAUAUUUGAUUUGCCGUCACUACUGAAUGACCACCCCGAGGAGACGAGGUCCAGCCCUUUGAUGUUGGUCAGCAGUGGGGCCAAGAUUAUCAGAGUCCGGAAAGCAGCCUUCUUUGACUUGGCCUCCCCACAAGCGCUGGACAAUACACGAACCCUGGCCAGCAAGCACAGGAACCCAUCCAGCGAGUCCAUCCUGCACUCGUACAAGACCAGAGUUAGUUGGGAGAGGUUCAAGUCUAUCCUGGUUUCUGACAUACUCACACACAAACAACAGCGGAACCAGCCCAUGUAUCGAGCUUCUGCAAACUCCCUGCGCAGAUCUGUCAGUACCACAGGAGAGUUCCAUGGCGGCGUUUCUUUCCUGAAAAACUUCCAGAUUAUGUCCGCGUUACGUACGUGUCCUAGACAUGAGUCUAAGGUUAUGAGUUCAUCUUCGUCCUCAUCGUCGUUUGGAGAAUGUCCACACCCGGAGACACCAGACGUGGGCGAUCCUGUCAAUCAAAGCAGCAGGUCUACGAUAGACACAGACCAGCAAGUGUACCUAGAAACCAUCAAGUCAGUAGGUCAAGACCAGACCUUGACAAUCAGACAUGACCCCAGGUGCAGCAGAAGACAGGUGCCAGUUGUCAGAAAGCACAAGUUCAGUCUUGCGGCCACUCUCAGCUCUAGAGCACGCCCAUUGACCGCUGUGUGA